AACUCUCUCAUCUCUCAUCUCUUAUCUCAUUUCAUCUCAUCUACUCCCCUUUCCCCUCUCUUCCAUCCACAAGAUACCCCCCUAUUCCUUCUACACAACAUCCAGCUCUCGCCAUGACUACCAUCAAGAACGUCGCCGUCGUCGGUGCCGCCGGUGCUUUGGGAACUCCCGUCCUCAAGGCCCUCGUUGACUCGGGCAAGUUCAACGUGACCGUUCUCACCCGCUCCUCCACCAAGGCCACCUUUCCCGCCUCCGUCAAGGUCAGCCAGGUUGACUUCGAGUCCCUCGAGUCCCUCACCAGCGCCCUCAAAGGCCAAGACGCCGUCGUCUCCACCGUCGGCACGGCCGGUCUCCAAGGCCAGACGCUCGUCAUCGACGCUGCCGUCGCUGCCGGCGUCAAGCGCUUCCUGCCCUCAGAAUUCGGCUCGGACCUGAGCAACCCCAAGACGGCCGCCUUCCCCGUGUACGGCUUCAAGCUCGCCGUGAUCCAGCACCUCGAGGCCGCCGCCAAGGCCCACCCGGAGUUCACCUACACGCUCGUGCGCAACGGCGCCUUCCUCGACUGGGGUCUCGAGCAGAGCUUCCUGCUCGACUGGAAGUCCGGCAAGCCCGCCAUCUGGGACGGCGGCGACCGGCUCUUCAGCGCCACCAGCCUCGCCUCCGUCGGCCAGGCCGUCGUCGGCACCCUCACCCAUUUCGAGGAGACCAAGAACCGCCCCGUCUACGUCCAGGACCUCGUCACCUCCCAGAACAAGCUGCUCGCCCUGGCCCGCAAGGUCGCUCCGCAGCUGAAGCUGGAGCCUGUCCCAUCUAGCACCACUGAGCUCAAGGCCGCGUCCGAUGCCCGCGUCGCCAAGGGCGAGUUCACUCCAGAGGUCCUGAUCCCCUAUAUCUUCGUGUCUAUCUUCGGAGACGGAUAUGGUGGCAAGAUGGAGAAGACUGACAAUGAGAUCUUGGGCGUCCCUGGGAACAAGACGGAUGCGGAUAUUGAGGCGAUUCUGAAGUCGUUGUUGCCGCAGUAAUGGGAUGGAUGGUUUGCAAAUGAAAUUAUGGAUAUAGCGAACGCUUCUUUUGACCAUCUCGAGCUGUGGAGCUAUGAAUGAAUGAAUGAAUGCAUGAUUAUACCCAG